GUUCACCUGUGGCUGACAUCGCUCCGCCUCCCGGCUUUGAGCAUCUUUCUCCUUCCAGGAAAAAUCCAACCGGUGGAGCGAAAGUUGAGAUUGACGAGCAAGUGUUAGAUGCUCACAUUGCGGGUAUCAACAAGAGUCUGACGGCAGACCGCAGUGGACCGAAUCAAGCGGCUCAUAAAUUCAAUCGGGAAUCUCCCGAGUUCGUUCCGUCGAAGCCACCAAGACUUGGCCUAGCUCCGCCAAGUGUAACAGAUCCGUCUGCAGAAGCUGCAGCGGCCAUUGACGAGUCCAUUGCGAAGUUGCUCGACAGCUAGCGGGGCGCACUUAUUGUUUGUGUAUUUCUAUUGUUGAUAUCCAGCUCUGCUCAGUAAGCAGAAAUCACACUUCUGCCUCCCUGUUGUCGAGCAGGACCAUUCCAUCAUUUUUGUUCUAUUAAACACAUUUUCUAUUUCUUGCUUGGAAUCCGACAAAUCAGUCAAGGUUGAGGCGUUACUCUACCCGCACGGCGCACAGCCAGAAAAUAUUAUCAUAUUCGAGCAGUCGAGGGCAUUCAUAAUACGGGCAUUGGGCAAUCUGCUUGUGGCCCGCUGGCUCAUUCUGUUGUAGAAAAGUAGCAUAGCUAGUGGGAAUACAAAACGAUCAUUGAAAGCAGUGAUGUUGCGAGAUGAUGUGUGGAUGAGUAGAAUGUCUAUAGUCUAUAAAUAUUUUUUGUUCAUUUUUAUCAUUACGAGCCGCUACGGUGAUGCUAUAUAUGCCGGGAUGCUUUGCUCCUUGCUGAGUCUGUGGUGGCAUGCGUUUAAACCUCUUUUGUCAUUUAUGUGUACGUAGUAGAACCCUCAUCACUGACAAUUGCUUCAAGUCGUUACAGAAUCCUUCAUAGUGCUAUUAAUAGUAAUCAUUAUAAUACUCAUUGCCGUUCUUC